AUGCCAGGCCGCCUCGAGAACAAAGUCGCGCUUGUGACUGGUGCUGGAUCGGGCAUCGGAUUGGAGUCGUCUCUUCUAUUCGCUCAAGAAGGAGCGAACGUUCUGCUAGUGGAUAUUAAUCUCGCAAACGCAGAGAAGGGCGCCUCCUUGAUCGCUGAGCGUUUUCCGAACGUGAAAGCACUCGCCACAAAGGCCGACGUCGGUAAGGAAGCCGAUGUGAAGGCUGCUGUCGAUGUGGCCGUGAGGGAAUUUGGGAGAUUGGACGUUAUGUUUAACAAUGCCGGCAUAAUGCAUCCCGAAGAUGACAACGCGCUUAACACAGAGGAGCGCAUUUGGGAUUUGACGAUGCAGAUCAACCUGAAGGGUGUCUGGUGGGGCUGCAAAUAUGCCAUUCUCGCCAUGCGUCAGAACCCUACGGAUGAAUCCAAAGGUCUUCAUGUAGGAGGCAGUAUCAUCAACACUGCUAGCUUUGUGGCACUUAUGGGAGCCGCGACUCCCCAACUAGCCUACACGGCCUCAAAGGGUGGCGUUCUAGCUAUGACCCGGGAGUUGGCCAUGGUCCAUGCCCGAGAAGGCAUUCGCCUUAACUCACUCUGCCCCGGCCCUCUCAAGACACCCCUCUUGAUGGAUUUCCUGAACACCGAGGAGAAACGGCAACGUCGAUUGGUGCACCUUCCGAUGGGCCGCUUUGGGGAAGCUGUAGAGCUCGCAAGAGCCGCUCUGUUCCUCGCAAGUGACGAAAGCAGUUAUGUAACUGGCGCUGAUUUCACGGUUGACGGCGGUCUUUCUUCCGCAUAUGUUACACCAAUUGGAGAGCCUGCAUUGGCACCACCUGCGAGCCUCAUUUAA